AAAAAUUGCACGACUGCUUCCAUAAUCAUAAUAAGCCAAAAGCUUUAAUAAAAGCCUGUAAAUUGUUAAGUUCUACCAGCUCGAUAUAAGGUGAAUAAGUGGUGCAUAAGUUUUUUUGGGGGAAAAAACAGGAUCAUAAAAAGUUCCUAGGGAAAAUCAUCAAUAUAUAUCUUCAAUUGAUAAAUUCAUUCACCACAAUUUGUUUGAGCACUUGAUUCUGGAUUCAUAUACAGCUAUAAUAUUUGAAAGUAUAUAACUAAUUUCCGUGCUACUCCAGUAAUUUGCUGAUGCUUUUGUGAGUACUUUAAAUACAUCUUAUGAAUUUUAAAGCACUUGAAGAAUCACAAGAAUCGGGAAGUUUAUAAUUAUUUUCCACCCUUUGCAAAAGGAUCUAUUUAGUCUGACUUAUGUUGAGUCUAAAUUUAUAUUACAGAGCUUAAGGUGCUUGGAUCUGAGGUGGGAAACAGUGGUGGAAGAUUCAUUCCUCUGGCUGAAGCCGUAUCCAAGGGAAUUCGUGAACAAAUGGACAAAGGAGAUGCUGUAAGAAAAAAAACAUUGUCUAUAGAAGUUAACGCUCGGCAGAGGAAAUCAGAAUCAUGCCAGAACAACUCAAUUAAUGAAGAUAAUUCAAUUGAUGUAAACCAAGUAGAAAACAUAGAGGUUUCUGAACAAAUACGUAAAGGAUUAAGUGAUAUUUCUGCACGGUUAUCAACUUUAUCUGUAAAUCCUUCUGUUCCUAUUUGGUAUCAGUCAGAUGAUAAUAAUGUAUCAAAUGAAAUAGAAUUUCAACAAAGAACAGCUUUAUCAGACAGAACUAUCGCACCACAAGAUUCGUUUACCGAAGUCAUCUCAAAUAAACAACAGAAAUUAUUUGUAUAUAAUAAAACUGACUCGACGUCUGAUAUAUCUAAUCACCUCAAAUAUUCAGUUAGUCGACUUUUUGAGAAGGACCAGUUCAAAGUUAAUUACAGACAUAAAACAUUGAAUAGAGCCAACUUGGAUUCACUCAGGAAGCUGAAACACUAUCCAGCAGCCGGAAAAAAUUCCAUAGUAAACAAGAAAUAUUCAAAAACUAUUUUUCCUAACAAAAGUUGGACAAAAGUACCUCAAAAUCUAUUAAUUAGUGCUGCUGAGGGUCUACAGGAACUUUUUCACGAUUCAUCAGAUGAUGAAUCUCUUGAUGACCACUCUUUACUAAAUUUUGAUAUUCAGAAUUCUACUCAGAACUUAAGUGGUAGCAGUAGUAGUACAGAAAGUAGUAGACAUACUUAUAUUAUGGAAAGUCCAUCCGAAUAUUUGGACAGAAAAUUGGGUCUUGAACAAAUAGAGGGAAGUUAUCACUCCGCAAUUUCUAACAAUUCGGCAUCGAAUUCAGGUUCGCGUAUUCACGACACAACUGACUAUUCAACUAGUAACGGAACUUUCACUAGGCCCCGCCUACCUCAUUCUGUUGUACCGAAUUCAGAUUUGUACUUGAAGACUAAUAGUAAUAAUUGUGGUUCAAUCAAAGAAAAGAAGUCAUCACAUCAUCCAUUAAAAAUGAAUGACUUAUUGUCACUUGAAGAAUUGGACGAUUAUUUGUUUGAUACACAAAAAUUAGUUACACAACUGGAGCAAAAAAUGACAAAUGAUAAGUCUGAAAAAGCGAUUUCUCAAAAACAAUGGACUGUUAAACAGAAUGAGAUGAUGUGUUCCGCUGAAGAUUACGAAGUAGCAAAAGCAUUAAACAAUGCUGAUCAAUUGCUUGGAUCGACUGUUAAUAAACGUUUGUCAGCCAUUCUCCAACGACGACAAGACAGACAAAAAGCUUACACCUCAGGUGUGGAACAGGCGAAAAGAAUGUUGAAUGGAUUUAAUGGGAUUCCUGAAGAGAAAAGUAAUAGGUCACGUAGAACAGCUCACUCUGUGGUGGCAACUCGGCCACAAUCUCAACAACCAACGUCUCGAUGUACGAAAAACUCUCAUGCACCUCCUUGUGAGCAACCUUCUAUACCGUCGAGAAAUGCAUCCGAGACGCGUCGUAAUCACUCAAAAUUAUCGCAUAAUUCAUCUAACUUUCCAAACUCCGUAGAAAAAUCUACAAAAUCGUUCUUUUCUCAGAAAACAGUCAACAUUGAUCGUUAUGGUAUUUCUCAUAAUCAUUCAUCAAUAUCAUCUACACCUGAAAGUUCAAAACAUCUAGGCGUAGAUGCUAUAAAGACAAGCAAAAUGUUAGCUGCUCUCAACUGGCAACGUCGUAAAUCCUAUGAUCCAAAACAGUUUCUUAAUAAAUCAAGUGGAAAUUCUACAGCUCGUUCACAAAGUCGGCCGCCAAAGGACGAUGAUAUAAUGAGUAUAUCUACAGACAGCAACCCUAAAAGUUGUAUCACUAGCCAUUCUGUUCACCCAAAGCAUAAAUUAACUGUCACUACUCGUCGAACAGCACCUGUAGAUACAGCUGACUGCAUAGCAGCGAUGGAGAUUGUUAAACAAAUAAAAAUUAAUAGUACGUCAAAAGGUGUUGUCGACUGUUGCAACGGAAAAACUGACCACUGUGUAAAUGAUUCAAAUCGCCAAAGAUUGACAAAUCAACAUAAUCAAGAAUUUUGCGAAACUGAGUCAAAACUGAUCUCUUCAGGUAGGAAGUCUAAUACAUUUGAAUCUCGUUCGAAGACUAAGCAAACCAGCAAAAAUAGUUCGGUUUUUGAUGGAUCUAAACAUUCUAGUCGGCAUCAAAACUCGAAUGAAAAUAAAACUGCAAAUAAACAAUUUCCAUCUGUUGUCACCGCUCGUUUACCUACACAUCAACAAAAGCUUAAUGGUCAUACUACAGUAAGAAUAGCUUCUCAGUCAUGCACACGUGAACGGAAUCAUGUCGGUCAAUCGAAUUCUCCUAAAUUAAUCUCUAUUGAAUCGACUGAUAAGAAUAAAACUCCUGAUCAAAAUGAGGUGAAUUAUCCUGACAUUGCAGUUGAAUCAGUCAAGUUUAAAAUAGAGAAACUAACAAAUUUAAUUGUUCGGUUACGAAAACGAAUUGAGCGUGACUAUGCAGAACAUGGUACUUGUUCACCAGGUGAUGAUGUCUUUGGCGAAGAAGCUAUAGGGGCUGUUGUUGCAGGUAGGCCAACUGGAAUGCAUCCUGUUGUUGCAACAUGUCUUCAGAAUCUCCGCAUACUUGAAGUAAAUGCUCAAGAAAUAUUUAGUCUACUUUAUCCAAAUGAAGUCGAUUUUUGGGAACCAGCUAGAGUAUGUUUACUAGAAGGUAAAGACAAUGAAAAGCUUUUCAAUGAUGCACGAAGUCAAAUUACUGAACAUUUAUCUAGUUCUAUUGAAACAUCAGGAAAAUCUAUAGAAAAUACCGGUAUUGUUCAAGGUAAAAUUUCUAGUCAAUUAGAUUGCCUUUCUGAUAAACAUGAAAUUACCAAAGAAUUAGAUACGCUAGGUGAUGCAGAUUUAAUUUGAGUAAAACUAUUUUGUCAGUAUUAAACCAAUUACUUCUGUUUGUUUUCAAUCUUUCAAUUAAUAAUUUAUUACUAGAUUUAUUAUUAUGUGUAUAUUGUAUUAUUAUUAUAUGUAUAUUGUAUUAACACAACUUCUUUUUUAAAAAAAGAAGUUUUGAAUAUGAUUCAAUCCAAAAUUGAAAUUAUUUAUGAGUUUUAAUGUAUAUUGUAAAUUGAAUAUUAAAUAUUUUUUAUUUAUUUACUGAUAACUGAAGUAGAUCAUUUUUGGGUUACUAGGUUACUUGUUUUCUUUACAUCAAAUAAUCAACAUGGAAAAACAAGACACCUGAAAUUAAAUAUUAUUAUUACUAGGUUUUAUUUGAUGAUGACGAUGAUGAUUAUGAUGAUAGAGUUCUACAAUCAAUCAAGUGGAUAGAGAAUAGAUGUACAUACUAAUUAAUUGUAAUUCUUGCUUAUUUUGUUAACCAAUUUUAUUGUACAAUCAUUUUGUCUUCCUUCUUGUUUAUCCUAUCAAUUUUCUUUUUGAAUGAAUAUUCUGUGAUCUGUUAAUGUGAUUGAUAAUUGAUUAGGUAAUUUGUUUCCAUUCCACUAAAAUUUUCUGGAACAUUUUUUUCACUAGAGUUGAAAUGAUAAAAAUAUUUGCGAAAAUUUAAUGUAUUUUAAAUAUUAUAAAUAAAGUUAAAAUAAUAUCUGAAAAGAAAGGACAUUUAUUUUGAAUUUCAAUGAAUUAUGUAACAAUGAGAACGACAAAAUUAACGAUAAUAUUAUCGGCAAACAACCUACAUGCAUAUUCCUUCAAUAUGUUUCAUUGUAAGCUGACCACAUUCUGUACUUAUCAAUGGUUACUAUGUAAUUUCCAAUAGGAAUGGAUCAAUACAUAAAGGAAAAUACAAUAAUGAACCUAUAGCACAAAAUAUAAAGUCUUUAGUAUGUGGAUUACUUAAGAAAAUAUUUUGCUGUUUAUCGUUUUUUGUCCAGUUCGUCCUUAAAUGAGAAUGAUAAUUUUUAACUCAACACAUCACUAAAAUCUACAGUUAAGAAAUCAAUUUCGGAAGGACUUUUUUCCAUAGUAAAUAUGAAUUCCAUGUAUGCUAUUAUAUUUGUAUACAGUGUGACUAAUUAUAUUACUAGAGAGAUUUGUUUAAUAAGAAAAAUAAUCACCUGGAAUUCUGCAAAGUUUAAGAAGAUGACAUGUUGUGGCUAACCUAAAUCUACAGCCAUUUUUAUUGUGAUCUUUGAAACUUUAUUAUCAUUGUAACAUGUUUUAGUCACGUAGCUAAAACUUAUUGCAAAUGAAUAUUAUGUCUUGUAAAAUAUUAUGUAUGGUGUGGUGCUUACCUUUGCCAAUAUUUUCACUCAAAAUAGAAGAGCUCUCGUAAAAUCUCAUCUUCUAUUCUAUUGCGUAUAAUGUUGUCGUCGUUGAAGUGUUGCUGUGCAUUAGCCGUCGAAUUAUCUAACGACAAUAUCAUAUUAAAAGUAUUAUCCUCAUUCGUAUUUUAGAUACUACUUUAUAGUCAGUCAGUAGACUUUUUUCAGUUAUAUUAUUCAGAUGUUUGAUUAGACUGUUUAAUUUAGCAAUUUAUUUUCUCCUUCUCAGUUACUUUUAUGUUGUUAAUCAGUAAACUACCAGACUAUACUGUUUUCAACACGGCUAUCUUUGACGAGCCAACUGCAAGAUUAUAC